UCAAAAAGAAAAAAGGAUGAUGACAAAACAUAUAUACAAAGAAAAGCCUGCUAAGUCAAAAUCAAAAAGAUGACUUAGGCAAAAAUCAAGGCAUCCCGCUGACUGUAAGCUCAAAAAAGACAGUUCAGGCAAAAGUUAAAAAAAAAUGAAAAAGAGAAGUCAAUAAAUUCCUGAACAACACAAUGUUGUGACUACCAAAAGGAAGAAGUGACUGCCAUCUCAAAAGUUCUCUUUGCUUGUGAACCAUCAUCAUUAUCAAAGGUGCAAGUCCUAAAGUCUCUUGGAACCUGAAUGCACAAGUUGAAUUAACUGAGCUUAGGACUGAAGAUCAUCACGAAGAGGGGUGGGAACAAAUAAACUUUGAGCCUUUAUCGAUGAAAUAAACUUUGAGCCUUUAUCGAUGAAAUAAGAGAAAAUUAAGAAAGGAAUACAAGAAAUUGCGGUGCAAAUAGAUGCAGAUGAUACCCUUGAUAUCGAUGAAAUAAGUAGGAUUAGAACCGGAAAGAGGAUUGCCGAGAAUGAGACCUCUUCAAUAGCCAUCAAGAGGACUAAAGGGCCAUUAGAUUUGGUGUAUAAGAAGGCUAAGGACACAAGUAUCAAUGAUGCUUGUGAUAAAGAAGCGAGGGCAAGAACCAUCCAAUAUGUUGUUCGCUUUUUUUAUAUGUGUGGAGUUGCUUUUAAUGUAGUAAAUGCAAGAGCUUUUAAGUUGAUGUUGGAAGCCGUUGGGAGCUAUGGUCCUCAUUUUAAGCCGCCAAGUUAUCAUGAACUUAGGGUUUCACUUCUUAAAAAUGAGUUGGAAUAUACGAAAGGUUUGUUGAAGAACCAAGAGGUGCAAAGAAACAAAUACGGUUGUUCAAUUAUGUCGGAUGGUUGGACGGAUAGAAAAGGUAGAACAUUGAUCAAUUUCUUGGUCAAUUGCUCGACGGGGACCAUGUUUGUGAAGAGUGUGGAUGCUUCUGACUAUGCAAAGAUGGGUGAAAAGCUAGCCGAGUUGUUGGACACAUUUGUUGAGGAAAUGGGUGAAAAAAUGUUGUCCAAUUGAUCACCGAUAAUGGAAGCAACUAUGUAGCGGCGGGUAAAAUAUUGUGUGAAGGGAGGAAACACUUGUUUUGGACUCCAUGUGCUGCCCAUUGUAUAGACCUUAUGUUAGAAGACAUAGGCAAAAUUCCAAAGGUGAAAGACUACCGGCAAUGUUGAAUUGGUUAAACAAGGAGUGACAAGGUUUGCUACCCACUUCCUUUGUCUACAAAGAAUGCAAGAACUAAGAGGAAAGCUUAGAGAGAUGUUCCUUUGUGAAGAAUGGACAAGUUCCAAGUGUGUCAAAGAUCCUAAAGGAAAAAGGGCAGCUACUUCUAUUCUUAAUGUAUCAUUUUGGAAUGAUGUUCUCUACACUCUUAAGUGCAUGGCGCCUCUUGUAGAUGUGUUAAGAAUGGUUGACAAUGAAAGGAAACCCGCAAUGGGAUACAUAUAUGCCGCAAUGGGGGUAGCGAAGGAAUCGAUUGAAAAAGCUUUCAAUUUAAAUUCAAGCAAGUACAAAGCCGUUUUUGAAAUCAUUGAUAAAAGAUGGGAGUGUCAACUUCAUAAUCCGCUACAUGCUGCAGGUCACUAUCUCAAUCCUGAAUAUUAUUUUUCUAAACCAGAAAUUGAGUCCGAUGCUAGAUUGAUGAAAGGCCUCCGUAGGUGCAUUGAGAGACUUAGUGAAAAGGAAGAUGUGGAGGAUUUGAUUUCAGUAGAAUUGGCACAAUACCGGAGUGCUUCAGGUCUCUUUGGUAUAAAAGCGGCAAUGAGACAAAGGUCGACAUUAGCUCCAACUGAGUGGUGGAAGUCUUAUGGAGCCGAAACUCCGCAUUUGCAAUUGUUGGCUAUUAAAGUGUUGAGUUUGAGUUGCAGUGCUUCCGGAUGUGAGCGUAACUGGAGCAUCUUUGAGCAUAUUCAUUCCAAGAAGAGAAAUAAAUUGGAACAUCAAAAAUUGCAAGACUUGGUGUUUAUCAAGUAUAAUCAAGCUUUGGUAGAGAGGUUUGAAAUUCGAGAUAAAAUUGAUCCUAUGGAAUUUAGCGAAAUUAAUUUCCACACCGAAUGGUUGGUGGGAGAGAUGGAAAAGGUAGGAGAUGUUGGUGAAGAAUUGGUUGAUCCAAAUCAUGAUUUAACUUGGACUCAAGUUGCCGAUGCUAGUGGGGCUAAUGAGCCUUUAAUCUACACUAGGAGGUCAAUGGCACGCCCACAAACAUCAAGGCCACCAAGAGCAACAAUUGCACCAAGAGCAACAAUUGCACAACAAGUGGUGGUAUAAGAGGUUGAAGAGGUUGAAGAAGAUGUUGAAGAUGAAGAAUCGGAGGAAGAUGUUGAAGAAGAUGAAGAAUUGGAGGAAAAUGUUGAAGAAGAAGAAGAAGAAGAAUAAGAUGAAGAUG